CAGGGAGAAGCAGCGAGCGUCUCUCCCUCCUCCCUCGUCCAUCAGCAUCUAACGGCGCAGCGCUUCCACCAAUCUGCGCAGCGAGAGGAUCACCCCAACCCCUGAACCCGCAUCUACCCGCCCUGCUGGCUUAUAAAUACUGCUUGAAUCACACCGGCAAGUCUUGGUCUUCAGAAACGCUCAGGGUUGCAGCAGAACAUCCCCCUUUCGUCUUAUCCCCCCUCCAUCGUUUCGCUGUUUUUUACGAGAACCUCGCCGCAUCAUCCAUUUUCACUCACUCCUCCCCAUUUUAAUUUUUUUCUGAACUGUAGUUGUGUUUUUUGCGGCCAGUUGCAUGCAUUUUUCGUCUCCAAAAAUGGUUUGCGAGACUAAAAUUGUUGCGGACGAACACGAUGCUAUACCUGGGACCAAAAAAGAGUCGAUCAUGUGGAGCUCUCCUCCGUCCAGCGCGGCUCUAAACCCCGCCGAGGCCAAGGAUGUGAGGAAAGAUGCGGUUUUUAUCCGCGAGUUCGAACUCGGGGAUCAGGAGGAGGUGCGGCGCAUCUUUUACGAGGGUAUUAUGGAGAGGAUACCCAAUACGGCGUUUAGGGGGCUCAGGCAGCAGCCCAAGACCCAGUUUUUAUACGCUCUUCUGACAGUAAUGUGCUUUUACGUGACCAAAUCCGUCACGCUGACCUGCUGUGCACCUCUCAUUCUCAUGGGUGCACGCUACUACUACAGCAGAAAAGUUAUCCAGAGUUAUCUGGACUGUGCUCUGCACACGGACAUGGCUGACAUAGAGGCUUAUUACAUGAAACCCACAGGCUCCUGUUUCUGGGUGGCAGUUCUUGACGGACAUGUGGUGGGCAUUGUGGCGGCGCAGGGCCGUGAGGAUGACAACACGGUCGAGCUGCGGCGCAUGUCGGUGGACUCCCGCUACCGGGGCAAGGGCAUCGCAAAGGCACUGGGCCGCCGUGUCCUGGAGUUUGCCGUGCGCAACAACUACGCUGCCGUGGUCCUCGGCACAACGGCUGUCAAGUUGGCUGCCCACAAGCUGUACGAGUCACUGGGCUUCCGCAGAACGGGCCAGAGCGAGGACUACAGGCUACCCGGGAUGAGCCGCUCGCCGCUGGAGAGGCUCUUCUUCCAGAUCCGCUAUAGCCGCUACCGCCUGCAGCUUCGUGAGGAGUGAGAGGUGACAGGGAGAGGGAGAGAGAGAUGGAGAGGGGGAGAUGGAGAAAGAGAGGGACAGAGAGAGAGACCAACGACCCUCCGUCACCUGAGAGCCCCGACCGCAUCCUCUCCUCUGACAGCUUUUAUUUAUUUUGUGUCAUUAGAGAUAACUUUGAGUACUACUUAACACUUCUACUAUUUCAUCUUCCAGUCACUAACGUUUUUAUUACUAUUAUGGUUUUGUUGCUGUUGUUUUUGUAUUAUUCUUUUACAUUUUAAAUAAGAGUUUGUUUCUUUUAUUAAUCUAUUUUUUUUGUAUCUUUUCCCCUCCCUUUCCAUUGUGGGAGAAAAAAAAAAACAAUUGUCAUUUUUAGAAGACAUCUUACUGGCACCCCAACUAGGCACCCUCCCCAGCCCCUUUGGUUUCAAGAUCAUGUGACUCAGAUCAAAACUCCCCUCAUUAUUAUUCCACAACUCCCCCCUUUACCCUCCCCCAGCACCUCAAGCCGUCCCUUCCCUCCUACAAUUUUCCUAUAGCAAAAUCAAACUGAGGGUUUAGACACAGUAGAGACAUGUGCAUGCUGUUUUCACUGGGGGAAGACAGCGCAAUGGAUGGGUUGGGAGGGGCAGAUAUGGCUUCCUCAAGAGGGAAACACACAAAAUAGUGAGAUUUUGGUAAACACUCUCCAUUAGAAAAAGACGUGCAGUGGUAAAUUGUGUGUGUGCAUUGUAGAUUGAGCGUGUUUACACACACAGCCCAAGUAAUGUGGCUUUUAGCCAGUCUCUCAAGACACCAUAUUGAAGCACAGCGAGAGAGUGUUACUGACCCCCACAGUGAAAGAGAAGAAAGACAGGAUGGCUACCGGAAUAUGCGCCGUGUAUCCUGCGUCCUAAAUGGACAUGAACCAACACAGUGCAUCUUCCUCACACGCCUUCCUCUCUACUCUCCUCACUCAUUGUUUGGACUGGAUCUCUCCCUCCUUUCUAUUUUUUUGACAUCAAAUUUAUCACUCCUUCUCACUGGAGCUGUGGAGAAGGUCUCUGAUUGGUUGAGGUGACAGGAGGGUGGAGCUUUCUCACUGCGGUGUCACACUGAUCCCAAGAUAUGAUAUAGCUGCAUGUCAGAGCUUGUCUGUGUAUGUUUGUGUGAUUGUGGAGAGUAUUCGACUGUGUGUAUGUAUGCGUGUGCGUUUGAUGAGGCUGUGGUCUCGCAUUAGAUCAAGCCUCAACAGUGUGUCAUGAACCUUUCUUGCUGAGUCAAGUAUUAUCUAACUAAACAUUAACUACUUUGUAUGUGUACUUAUAAACUGUUUACUGAUUGAAUCAAGAUCAAUUCUAACAUUUUGAAUAUGUUCAGUGUUUAACUGAUAAUUAGUAAUUUUAUAACUUUGAAGAAAUUAACACAUUUAAAUAUGCAAAUUUUACUGUCAAAACUACGACAAUUACAAAGUAGCUGCAGUCUACACUCCACAUACUCAAUCCAGGUUAUUAGGGAACAACUUGGGUAAGACAUGACUACUAGCAAUACUUGCAAACCUACAGUACAUGACUGAGCACAAAUAGCAAAUACUAAUUUUAACCAAUAUAUUGGCAUUAGUAUUACCCCUCCUCCAUGUAUUUAUAUUGUGUAUACAGCUGAAAACUCAUGUAGCUAAGGUCAGAGUUUCUCCCAUAACACCUCUCUCCAUCUCCAUCCUCCAACCAUACAACCAGCAGUAGAGUCAGCCAUCCACUACUCUGAGCCUAAGUUGAGUCAUCAAACCAUUUGUAAAAAGUUCAAUAUAAAGCAAAACGUAACCAAAAAAAGCACAUAACAUGAAAAAGGAAAAAAAAAAAUACAAGCGUAAUUGUCACAAAGUUAACACUGACCCUCCUUGCCUUGCUUUUCUUCCUCCUCCUCCCUCAAACCCCCCCUACCUCCCAUUCAUGAAUCUGUCUGCAACCCUGGGCUAGACCAUACACCUUCCAUUUGAACCCUGCAUACCCUCCGCUGACCUCUGACCUAUCCUGUCCAAGAUCCCAUCCAUUCCCUUCCCAUCUCUGCAUGUGCCACAGAGCCUUGCUGCACUGCUUUUAUUAUUCCAUUUGAAGCUUGUUGGACCAACCCUUGACCCCGCCCCCCCACCUCUGAUGUCAUCUAGGCAGUGUGAUGCUGUCUCUGCAGCUACGGGACAGACUGGUGCCAGCAUGCACAUGAUGUAUGGUUAUAUGUGUGUGAUGCAGAGGACUCAGAUCGUGAGAGAGAAAAUGUGUGUGCAUGUGUGUUAGCGUUGGUGCAGACAUAGGAUACACUCACCAACUGAAGCACUGCCUGGAUGACAUUAUGCCUGCCAGCCAACCAACUGUAGAAUGCAAAAAGCAAUGCAAGUGUGGCAUGCCUCUGUACCCAGUGUGUGUACGGUGCCUGCCCUAGAAAAGUGCAGAAAAAAACCCUGAUAUAUAUAUACUAUAUAUAUAUAAAUAUAUAUAUAAAUAUAAAUAUAUAUGAAGAAAAUAAGCUUCUUUUUAAGACAAACAUAUAAAAGAAAUGUGUGUUUCUUUGGUUGGAAAAAAAGAACAAUUGUACCAUUUGCAUGAAAUGUGUCUUUGAAUGCAAAUAUAACUUUUAGGGGAGAAACUCCUAGCACAUGGCAUACAGUGGAACCAUAGACUUGGAAUUUUUAGAAUGGUUUACGUUAUUUAAAAUGAGCUUAAUUCUGUGUAAUCAAGACAAGAGUAUGAAAUUUAUACCAGCCACAAGCCAAUGCUCAAAAAUCUUUACGAGGUAGCCGACCAUUGUUUUGAAUUGUCUCCAAUUCUAAAAGCCUUGCUGAAUUACAGAUUUGUCUGUGACUGGCUGGAGGACAAAGAAGUUAGUUUCUUUCCCUAAUCAUGGUGGGAAUGAAGGCAUAUGACUGGAAGCCUCAUAGCUCUUCUUCCUGUAGAACAGCUUGUGAUAAGGUUCCCAAUUCUUUGCAGGACUAAGAUUUUCAAUGGGCAUUCAAUAAACAAUGCAAAAGAAAACAAUUAUUCCCAUGCAGUUCACAUUGCAAAAUCAUGUGGCCCUAUUCAAGCGCCAAGUGAAAUAUUUUGCUUGUCUAGUUCAUGCAGACAAAGGACACGAGUCAAAUGUUUGGGCUGUACUCCAGGUGACACAGGUAAUAGCUGUGUUUCCUGCUAAGUGUCCUGAACUUCCAAAUGCUUAAAAAGAUACAGUACACACAUGUUUUCUUUUGCAUAUCAUUUUAGAUUAUAGUUGCCACACUAUUAUAUAUUUCAGAAUGUACAUAUAUGACUCCCAUGAUGGACAUAAGGUGAGCUUAGCUAGCCACUGAGAGGUCUGUUUAUGUUACAGUCAAAUCUACUAAGGCUUCUUCCUCUUAACUCCCUGUGUUUAAGCCAUGUGAACUGAGACACUUCCAGAGGAGGUUUAGCUACUGACAUGCUUUUAGUAUUUUAACCAGAGCCAAUCCAAGAUUUCCCUUUGAAAUUCUGCAAAGAAAACACGAGGCGCAAAAGCACUGAAAGCAGCAAACAGUGCUGUUUUCAGAUGCUUUCAUUGGGCCAACAUGUGGAGGAUGCCUCACACCACCUUGAUGCAUCUGCUUUGAACUUGGUUGUUGCUGGAGAGUCAAAAGAGGACCAGAUUGUAUUUUGUGAUAUUUCUAGAACAAAAGCCACCACUGACUUUCAUACAGUUAGAUAUAAACUCCCUGCAAAGCUUUGUAAUACAUUAGGUAACAAAAUGCAGUUACCAGAAUCAGACCAUACCAUCUGUUUCUCGAGUACAAUGUGAAAAAACAGCUGUGAAAUGUCAGUGGUGCUAAGAAUUCAGAUUUAUUCACAAGAUCACCACGGCAGAAACUAAUUUUAAGCGUCAAAAAUAUUACAUUGGUUAUCUCUGCUAGUGUGUUCAGGCCGCUGUUGAAUGACCCAACCCCUUCUUUCUAAAACUCGGUGGAGGUUGAGAGUAAGAUGUGGGCUCUCUUGAGGUGGAUUGUAUUAAAAAAAAAAAAAAAAAAAAAAAAAAAAAAAAAAAAAAUACAAACAAAAAAAAUUACAAAAAACUGUGGUCUAGAACUUGUGGAAGAAUGUAAAGUCUGUCAAUUCUGAGCCAUUUCUGCUGCUGCCAAUCUCAGUUUUUGCCUGAUGAAAUUUAAAAAGCUCCUUCAUGUAUUUUGGGAGAAAUUAUUAUCCAUACUGGUACAUAUUCUGAACAAAGGUAAUAUCAUUAAAAUGCCUUUGCUAAGGCCUUAUGCACUGGAAUCAAACGCUGGAGCUCAAAUAUCUUGUGGACUGCAUGGCUUAAGGUAGUUGAAGGGUGAUUUUAAAAUGUAAAGAUGAAGUGCACUGACUAUAAUGCAUUUAUUUCUAGUCUGAGCAAUGUCUGUUUUCUACUCCAUGUGAAUGCUAUGCUCUGUGAAGUCUCACCUCCGUUAAAAACUGGUGUUGCAUACUUAAUGUUAGAAUGUAGUGAUUAAACUGUAUGCAACAUCUACCAGAGUAUACAUUUAGUUACACACCACGUUCUGCUGAUGUACAAUCCAAAAACAAUCUCACCCUUUUUCUAUUUGGUUUUCUGUGAUUUGUUUGAGUGCGAGUGUGCUUUCCUAUUGGUUGAGGUUUGAGAAGGUAUGCUGCAUAAAUGCCUCUCUUGCUGGAGAAGGCUCUUUAGUUUAGAGUGCUUUAGAACCCAAAAAAACGAUCAUCUGAUGGCUGAAACAAAGGCACAAGCUGAGGCUGUUGAAGCCAAAGCUUCAACUUCAGCAGUUUUUUUUAAACCAAGUGGCCAUAUUAAGUUCUGGCCGUUUUAAUAACCAAACGGUAAAAAUAUCAGUAUUUGUCAUGAUCAAUUUUCAUUCGGUUUACCUAAUGGCAAAGGAGCGAAGAAGUCAAAAAUGCACAAAUGUACAGAUUCUGCGGGUAUGUUGGGUUACGCUGAUGGUCUGCGUCCUUGCUCAACAGCCUUGAGGGCAAACACUCACAAGCACGAAUGUAAACUGCCAACAAUUUAUGUUUUAAAUAUUUCCUGGUUGCUUUUUACUUUAUGAAUGAGAAGGACAGUGGAACAAGGGUUAAAGCAGCUAUUGCUUCUUUCAUUAGGAGACUAAACCACUACAUUAGAUGUUAGACAUUUUGUGCGAUUGUAAAUAGCUGUAUCUCUACCUAUUGCUAAUGUAUUAUUUACUGCAAACCUGUCAUCAUUGCUGGUUUUAACCAAUCCUGAUGGAGUUCAUAUUUUUUUUGUCUCAGAAAAUGGUUGUCGCCUGGAAUGUUCCACCUAACGAGGAGGGCGAGGGGCGAGGGAGGAAUGUGCCACAUUGGCAGUUAAAAAGGGGGGGUGUUGGUUGGAAGAGGUCUGCAGCAACAGAGCUCCACAGAAUGGACUCCCUCUCUCUCUCUACCUCUGGUGAGGAUUUUGCUCCACUGUGGCAAAUACAGAAGGACUCACUCUGGACUGAGGCCACAGGUGCCAAGAACACAUAAGCACUUGUAGCACAAUUGUGUCUUGUUUUGCUAUUACAGUACAGGUAGUUUUGAUUUUAUUUUAUUUUUUACAUUUCCUAUGAAGAAUAUGGAUAAAGUUUCUCUUUUUCCUGCAUUGGUGACUGUAUGUAUCAUAAGCAUACCAUAAUAUAUGAUUCAUACUACAACCCAUGGCUAUUUUUGGAGGUGGAAAUUUGCCAAAGGUGACAGUAACUGCUGCAUUUUUAUUCCUUACAUGGCUAUAUUUUGUUCAACACAAUCCUAUAUUCACCUGCUAUUAUUUGGAAAAAUCCUGCCCACGUGCCAUCUAAUCAAGCAAUAAAUACGAACAAACAAAACAACAAAAUAAUGACAUGCUAUCUGCAACGAUUUUAUUAAAAACAUGAAAUGCUGCAUUGAUAUGAUAUCCCUUAUACUGUACCAAUUAGUGGCAGUGAUGCCACCACAGGAUUGGCAUUGUAACAUUACCACUCACUAUAUUGAAGCCUGAAGGGGUGUUUGAUUGUAAAAUGUUUGUUUUUUUUGUAUUUUUCUUUACAAAGAGGUGUCAAAGGUGUGUUUUUUAAAAACUCGAAGUUGAGGUACACAGGUGUACUUCUGCAUAUUUGUACAGAUGUCAAAAGGAAAUGACAAGAGAGGGAUAAUGGAUGCUAGAGAAUGAGCAGUUCAAGCAGACAGGAAAAAGAUUGUGAAGCCACGCUCUGAAAGUGCUCUCUGCCAUAAAUCUCUUAACGGCGCUUUUGUCUAACCACAAAGACUUCUGGUUAACACUACCACAAAGACAUGCACUGCAAGUUCCCUUCAACCUACAAGUCAGUAUGAUUGAAAUCAACUAAAAGCAUGCUGCAGCUGCCUAAAUCACAACUCUCAACCAUGUUGACAUUUCUUACAAGUGAGAUUCAAAGUCUUUUUUUGAAUCUACUAGUAACUGUAAAGUUGUAAAAUAUAUUUUACUGUAAAUAGCAUCUGGGGGUCAUUUUUACUCCUUUUGUAACUGCAAUUGUGCAUUUAAAAUACAUAAGAAAUAUAUUUUAAAAAUAUUUACAGCAUUAUUAAAGAGAUUCUACAGUAGUGCAGGUGUCUUCAUCUGUACUACCUCACAACAAUCCCAUAUGGAGUAAUGGCAGACACUUUCAGAGGCAACCAUGCGUGCCAUCUUAGACCUGGUGUCCAACACUAAUGGGCUCAGACACAGCCUUUCUUGUCCUGCCUGUCUGCUUGAACUCUCAAGUUGUCAGAGAGAGCCAGAACCCUGCAACAGCAGCAGCUCGGUUAGUUUAUAGCACACUCAAGCCAUGGCCACGAAUAUCAGUGGUUCUGGACUGAGCUAUCUAGCUAUAGCAAGCUCCUGCAAUGCAAUGGGCUCUCUCUGCCCUGGAGCCCUGUCAUAGCUGUUGUCUGUUGCCAGGAAACCAACCCGCACAAAGCACAGCAGGGGAUUGAUAUGCAGCUACACUGUGGGGAGGCAGGCUGGUCAACCAGCCGGCCACGGUAGAGGAAUGGUUGGAGGAAAUGGUUGAUAGAUGGAUGAGAUGAACUUAGGGGGAAGGGAGUUCAAAUGUAACUAAGGGAACUUUGUACCCGAGGGGAAGGGAACCUGAAGGGGGAAGAAGGGGUGCUUCAGCUAUGGGGAGGAAUUUGGAAUUCUAGGCAUGGAAAGUGAGCAAUGAGCAAAUAGUGCCUGGGGCCCCUCUAGGUCAGAGAGGUUACAGAAAGGGAUGCAGAUAAAAUUGAGGAAAGCAGGGUCAAAAUCGUAGACAUGUGAUGCUAUGGGACAUGACUCAUGUAGGUCAAGUACAGUGUGGUGAUUUAGCAGAUUUAGUGAUUCCCACGGAGUUUCAGAAGAAGAAGCAUGUCAGAGAAAGAGACACUGUAACAUAUUAUAGGCACUGCUGGUUCAAUCGGUCUGCCUCGAACUCAGUGAGACUGUAGUGGCAACCUGGUUUUUAUUGGGGUCUGCGAGCUUUCCGUUCCCUUUCUACCAUUCCUUUGGAAGACCGUUGCAUUACCACACCGGGAAUACUAUUAUUAUUAUUGUGAUUAUUAACCCUUUCUUUUAUACUGACAACAAAUGGAACACUGUAUAGAUGUAAAGAUGGGAUUUCUUGCAUUAUGACGAUGAUUGAAACAUGGAUGUACAUAUAUUGUAUCAAUUAAAACGAUGAUGCAUUAAGCUUUUA